GAGCCAGCCUAGUCAGCUCUGGGGCGCGUGACAGAUCCGAGGCGGAGGGGACAGCUCCCAGGUGCUGAAAUUGGUCGGCGCUCCGAAGAGAGACAGAGGGGGGGGAAAGAAGAUCAACGCCUGCGGAAGACACAAAUAUAAAAGACGCGUUCUGCAAAACAGGGCCAGAUACAGGUAGAACCGAGGCCUUCAAAACAGAUGGCUGCUACUCAGGACGUGAAAGGGAAGGGGGAGGGAGGGGACCAAAACUUUGACUACAUGUUCAAACUGCUGAUCAUCGGCAACAGCAGCGUGGGCAAAACGUCUUUCCUGUUCCGCUACGCUGAUGACGCCUUCACUUCAGCCUUUGUCAGCACAGUGGGCAUCGACUUCAAAGUGAAGACUGUGUACAAGAAUGAUAAGAGGAUCAAACUGCAGAUCUGGGACACGGCAGGCCAGGAGCGAUACAGGACCAUCACCACUGCCUACUACCGUGGAGCUAUGGGCUUCAUUCUCAUGUACGACAUCACCAACGAGGAGUCCUUCGGCGCCGUGCAGGACUGGUCGACCCAGAUAAAAACCUACUCGUGGGAUAAUGCACAGGUGGUGCUGGCUGCGAAUAAAUGCGACAUGGAAGAAGAGAGAGUGGUCUCGGUGGACAGUGGCAGACUGUUGGCAGAGCAGUUGGGAUUUGAGUUCUUUGAGACAAGUGCCAAGGACAACAUCAACGUGAAGCAGACCUUUGAACGUCUCGUCGACCUAAUUUGUGACAAGAUGUCCGAGAGCUUGGACACUGAUCCAGCCGUCACCACGGGAGCCCCCACUGCCAAACUCACAGACAGUGCUCCGCCCCUCCAGCAGCCCGGAUGCAACUGUUAGUAGCCGAUGUCAGGAAGCAAAGGGAGGGCGGCACAGGUCCCGUAAGGUGGUAGAGUGUGCAGAGUUUUGUUCUCCCUCAGCAUUAUCACUCCUGUUAGUGCUGCUUUCUCUGGACUACAGGUCAAAUCCUGUUUAGUAGUAAAAUUACAAAAUGCUGUCAUAUUAUCUCUCAACUUUAUCACCUUAUUAGCAAAUAACCAGACAAACAGCAAUGGCUAUUGUGAAAUGUGUAACAUUACAGGAUAUAUAGAAUAUAGAGACACCAUAAUGUCAUACUUCGGCUAGUUAGUAUGGUUAUAAACCAAGUGUGUUUUAUAAGGCUGAAAAUAGUUCAUAGUCAUACUGUACAGUUAAUCCUGUACAGUAUGACCUUUAAAAUAAACCUUUAAAAUCUUCAAGACCAAGAAUAAUUAUAAAAUGAGGGAUAGAGUCAAUGAGUGCUUUAAUAAUUCUUUUAUUUUUAUUUUUUGUACAGUAUGUUUUUUUUUUUCCUUUUGUGGGUUUAUGUUGUCUCCUAAAGCUGCCAAAUCUAUGAUUUAGUGUGCUAUAGGACUCUUUUGAGUAAUGCGUGUGUGGUGUUAUAAGUGAAUGUGGGAUUUGCAUGGGUGUGAGUGUUGUGUCUGAGUCACAAAUGAGUGCAACUUUGUCAUCUAAAAAUCAUCUACCUUGGAUUAAAAAAAGUGGCCUUUUAGCAUCUCCAAGACGGCCUCUGUAAGUCCCUCCGUUGAAGUCCCUUACUUUUGGAAUGAAUCCAUUAUGUAUAAUGUUGAUGUGAGUACUAUUCCACGUUUUGCUGUCCGUAGAUGUGUGAUUUCUCCGAUAAGUAAAGCAACUCUUUCUAUGUGCUUAGCCUCUGAGAUGACCCUUUAUAGUUUGAUGCGAUGAGCAUGCUGCCAAAAAGUCAGUUAUAUGUGCUGUUUUAUCUACAGGCCUUACCCGAACUUAACCAUCCUCAACUCCAUAUGGUAGCAAUGAUCCAGCAUUUCAUUAAAUAAAAAUCUCACACUGACAUGACACAGUACAGUUUAAGACAUACAAAUCAGCUCUGGCAUGGAAUAAACAGCCAUAUAUAAAAUGUAUUAUUUAACUUUUUGAGUCAGCAUGCUAAAAUUUCAUGUUUUUGCUAUGAAAUGAUGUCCCUCCUGAGAGAAAACUGUCAGCAAGCUGCUUAGAAAACAUCAUAAACAUACAGUAGUUUAAAAUGGGAAGCUUCCCCCUAGCCGGCGUAUACAGUACUGUCGUGGUCUUAAUAACUUAAGUCCAUAUAGUAUAAAAGUUGUAGCUUAUUUUAAAAUCCCGAAAGCCUUUCAGUUCUGUAAUUCAUAGAAAAAAAAAACAUUUGUGCCAAAACAUUACAGUUAAUUUAGCGUCGUCCGUUGUUUGUUACAUAGUUGAAUAAAAGCUCCAAAAAAAUUGCAUGAAGUCAGUCCUGACUUAUCUAUGUAGAUUUAUGUAAUAAGAUAGUGUAUAUAUCACUCUAUGUUACAGAUUUAGGAGCAUUGUCAUAGCACUUGCUGUGAGAUGCAAUGGGCCAAUAAGUGCAAUAUUUUAUGAAUUAAACCCUGUACAUAGUUUCUCCUGUCCUCGAGUACUAUGACUCUGUCCAAAGUAUGUGAGUGACAGUUUGGUCAGAAUGGCUCUGAAACUGAUGUACAGUCUCUACGAAAAGAGUGUGUGCUUCACUCAGUAACUGCAGCCACUGAAUGUGUGACUUGGUGCGUGUGUGUGUGUGUGUGUGUGUGUGUGCGUGCGUGAAAGUGUGUAUGUGUGUGUACCUGCCAUAUUGAAGAGACAAAUUACGUAAUAUAUUGUAUUGUUUGUGUAUACCUUUUGUACAAAUGUAUUCACGUACUAAAUGCUGUUCCUGCUAACUGUUGGGUGUUGACUGAACUCGUAUUAUCAUGUCAAAUGCAGUGUUGUCGUGAAAGAUAGUCAGGGAGAUAACUUAGUCCACGCCAUAUGCCAUACUGAUGUAAUUCCAAAAAAAGGGAUACACAUAAACUAGUUCAGAGAUCUUGCGCAUAUGUGUGUACGCGUGCUUUGUGCGCGUGCGUCUGUUGUAUGUGUGUGAUAUUAUAAUUUUAUGCUAAUAGCCAUGAAAAAAAAUGACUGUAAUGAUCUAAAGUCAAGAUUCAUUUCAUAGAGGAAUAGUUAACGUGGCUGUUCAGACGCCCAAACAGUCACUCUGGUCAAAUAUCAUUUAAAAAAAACUAUGACUUUACAUAUAACUGAAUAUAUUUGUUUCUUGGAGUGCAAGCAAAGUAAGAAGUAUGUUUUUGAGAUUAUAGGAAAUAAA